AGUUUAGUUUCCCGUAACUCGCGACAUCGACAACAUCUGGAGAUAUUUUGUUCCUUCCAUUCAGUUGAUCACAUCCUACGAGCCAACGAGGUAACUAAUACGAUGUCGCUGAGGCAUUUCUUAGGCUAUUCUGAGGGCGAGCUCAUGAGGUCUGAUUGCAAACCUUGUUCUAGGCUAAUGAGACACACUGCUGGAAUCUAUAGCGUUGGUGGAGCAUUAGGAUUUUGGGUCCUUUGCAGAUUGCACUAUGGUCCUCGAAUUACAGUUCCUAGGAGUCUUCGUUGGGCAGCAUGUGGUUCUGUGACUACAAGCUCAAGCACGGCUUUGCUGGUUCGUUUAUUUAGUCCUGAAUGUGAGCCGCAGAAUAUAGCUGCUUUUGACAAGAAAAAGUAGCACUGAUAUUGUUAAACUUUUCCUUUUUCCCUCAUAAAGAAAGGGGAAAAUGACUCAUUUGAGAUGGUGCAAUAAUAACUUUUUCUCCCAGGGAGAUGGAGCGGCGAGUUUGGAAUCAUAUCUCUCUAAAAACUUGAAAAUCUACUUAAUUAACCAGGUUAUGGAUGUCUUGCAUCAGGAGGAGUAAAUUAGGGUAGUUACCCUCACCAUUCUUGAAUUAAUCCUGACUUAUUUAAUUUAUAUACCAACGUUAAACAUAUCUUACACGGUAAUUAACCUAUAACAAGUCUUAGGUGUGGUUGAAUUGGUUUUGUUUAUGUUUUUUUCUUUUAGGCUUUGGGUUUCAAUGAGCAGAUGUACGGUUUGGGAUAAAAUGGUGAAAUGGGUUUGGGGUUGUUGGCAGUCCUUGUGGUAUACUGUUAUAAAAGUAGAUUUUGACAAUCGUGAAUAUUUAUGGUUAUUAUGGAUUGAUCAUGUAGCGGUAAA